UCAAAGGUCAAAGCUGUGUCUAAGAAAGAAAGGCUAUGGAGCCCAUUUGCUCCUAGAAGUUUGAGAGAUGCCAAUAAAAACAUAUAACAAAAACUGAAAGUGAAAAGAGGAAGGCUGAUUGAGCAAUGUAAUAGAAGAGAGAACGCCAGUAAAAACCUAUUCUAUGGUAACUACAGAGAUGCAUAGCAGAGGAAGGAAGAAAAUUCAGGAGAGGCCUCCUGAUGAGGCAAGACAGCUCUAAGAUCCCCUCGGUGCUGGACAUCAGCGAACAAGGCUAACAGGAAAUGAUCCAUUCCAUGUGGUCACUUAUUCUGCCUUCUCUAACUCUCAAAGUUCAAAUAGUGAGAUGGAUGACGACAGAGAAAGAGGAGCAGUUAAGCUUUAUUUCUUCCCUUCUGGCCUUAAGAAAAGAGAAGAAAUGAAACUCCUGGAUUGUACACCCACCCUUCCUCAGGGAAAAAGCUCUGCAUGGCCGGCUAGAAGAGGAGGGCUCCUGUCAGUCACUCUGUUACUGACACUUCUCUCCAGUGGCCUGGCACUGGUCUCAUUGUACCAAGUGUUCACCCUGCAGGCAGAGUUGGGGAGUCUCCGGCAUGAACUUCAGGCUUAUCAGAGCAGGACUGAGCAACUUCAGGGCCUUCAGAAGGAGAAAGCAGGAACGCACCCUACUAUUCUUCAGUCAGAAGCUGCUGCCAUCACAGGACUGCAAGAGCUUGGGGCACCCCCUAUCACAGGAGAAAGCAGUCCCCAAAUCAGCCUUAAACAAAGCAGAAGGAACAGAAGAGGUGUUCCGGACUCAGGCGAAACGAGAAUACAAGACUGCUUGCAGUUGAUUGCUGAUGGUACAAGUCCCACAAUACAAAGAGGUCCUUAUACCUUUGUUCCAUGGCUUCUCAGUUUUAAAAGAGGAAAAGCCCUAGAAGAAAAAGAAAAUAAAAUACUUGUCAAAGAAACUGGCUACUUUUUCAUCUAUGGCCAGGUUCUGUACACAGAUACCACCUUUGCUAUGGGACAUCUUAUACAGAGGAAAAAGGUCCAUGUUUUUGGGGAUGAACUGAGUUUGGUGACUUUGUUCCGGUGUAUCCAAAACAUGCCAACAACUCUCCCUAAUAAUUCCUGUUAUUCGGCUGGCAUUGCAAAACUAGAAGAAGGGGAUGAACUUCAACUUGCGAUACCUCGUGAGAAUGCCAGAAUAUCCCAGGAUGGAGAUGGCACUUUUUUUGGUGCACUGAAGCUGCUCUAACAUACUCAUUAGCACCAUGUUUGGGGCAAUUUCCUUCUCUUUUUCUAUACCUCCUGGGAGGGGGGAGGGGAACUGGAACUACCAAAAAGUGGUUACAUUAGCCUUUUCUAUGAGUCAUUUGUCCUGGUUUGAUGAACCCAGACCCAAACAGGAAACCCAACAGAUAACCACAGCUGAAUUACAGCCAUAUGAAUGAUGACAAAUUUAGCCCAUUUUAAUAGGGAAUUAGAAAUAAUUUUUAACUUUGUUGGCAUAUUUUGUCCUUUGGCUAUAUCUUUAUGUUCAGGAUGUCACAUUAACUUAAAAGGGACAGUGAGGAUUAAUUCAAAUGUCAUAUUCCAUAGUUUCAUAAAACAAAGUA